AUGGGGUAUAAAUCACUUACUACUGACCCUGUUGAAAUCCAUUUGUCCUCCAUCCUACUACCCUUGAAUAAUAUUCCUCAAGGCGGCCAAGAAUCGGAGCCCCCAGCCCUUCCACCAGAGCUUCCACUUGCACCCGAAAGAAAUCUGAACAAUAUCACGUUCUUCAAUGGGGUCUUUCAAAACGUGGACAGCGUUGCAUUGUUUUUUGACUGCCUGGGUUCUCACUUCACUUGGCUACAGUCCAUAUUCACUAACUUCCCUGCACUGCUCCAUUUCGUGAACAAAAUGAGGUGUGUAACUGGACUUUGCCCCAGGGAUUUCGAAGACUACGGCUGCUCUUGCCGGUUCGAGAUGGAAGGGCUCCCUGUGGAUGAAGUGGACAGCUGCUGUUUCCAGCACCGCAAAUGCUAUGAAGAAGCCAUGGAGCUGGAGUGCUCAUGGGACCCUGCCAAGAUAUCUAUGGACAUCAGCUGUCUUACGAAAAAUAUUACCUGUGAGUCUGGGGAUCCUUGUGAACGGCUUCUCUGCAAUUGUGACAAAGCGGCUAUUGAGUGUUUUGUCCAUUCACACAUUAACUCUUCCUUGAACGGCCUGGAUGUCUCCUUCUGUCCAGGUCAGGUUACAGAAACAACUAGCAAGAAAGGAUUGACAACACUUCAUAUGGAGGAGCUUCUUAACCACCGGGGUGAUAAACCACUGCUGACAACUACUUCCAUGACAGAAGGAAUUCCACCUGCAGCCAGCAAUACCAGCUUGAAACCCCCCACUUCUGAGUUUACUCCCAGAGAGCUCAGCAGUGCCCGGGGGAGAACGCCCAAAGCAGAAUUUAUCGCAAGAGAUCAUGAAGGCAUGUCUGCUUCCUUCAUGGAUCCCACACUAACAGUUACUACAGUGAAGAUCACAGCCACACCAGCAGCUGCAACUGAAAUUCAGAGGGGGCAGGGAGGUGAUUUAAUUGUAAGCGUACCUUCAGGAGUUACAGAGGAUGCUUUCCCAAUGGAAGAGCCAACCACAGCCACAGCAGGUAUUAACUCAACAGGGCCAGACGUGAUACCCACUGAAAACGAUCCCACCACGACAACAGAACAAGAGACGAGCUUUAAGAUAGGAGAAGCGAGCACAGCUUCCUCUGCGAUAUCCCCAGAAGUGACACUCGCUGAGAGGGGGCCUGAUGAAGCUGUCAGACAAGUCUGUGACAGAUUCACCUUUCUGCAAACGAGAGGGAAUGGAAAGGUGAAGCGGGAGCUGCCUCAGCUAGGAGAAAUGCUGUUUUGCUUGACUGAUCGAUGCCCACAGGAUUUUGAAUCUUAUGGCUGCUACUGUGGCCAAGAAGGAAGAGGUUAUCCUACAGAUGUACUGGACAGGUGCUGUUUCUCCCAUCAAUGCUGUAUGGAACAAGUUAAAAAACUUGGGUGCCAGCCAGAGGGAAGUUUGAGAUCUGAAGUUGUAUGUUUAGAUCAUAAACCGAAGUGCAUUGGCUGGAGCAUGUGCGAGAAGCUCCUGUGUACCUGUGAUAAGACGGCGGCUGAGUGUAUGGCUGCUGCCUCUUUCAAUGAAAGCUUGAGGUUCCUAACCCGGCAAGCCUGCCAAGAGAACAAAGCCUCAUGUCGGAGUGGAAUAGCUGAGAGGCCUGCAGGUGACACUGGAAUAGGCACCAGGACCUCCAGCUCGGAGGAGAGCAGUGAGGAGGCAGGUCCGUGGAGGAGUGCUUUAAGAAGAAUAAAGAGAGCUGCACGACACCCCCGGGGAAAAGCCAGAGCCACACCACAAGAGAGAUAGCCAAGUCUCUCUAUCCAACUGGGAAAUGGCAUGGAGGGCUCCAGAGUCAACCACUGCGUGUCCUAUUUUAUCUUAUCUUUGUAAAUUCUCUUUUACAUUUUCUUGCAGACCCCAGAUUGAAUUACACAGACUAGGUAACGGGUUAUAUAUGUUAGGAUAUAGAACUCUGUUCUACAGGAAAACCUGCGCUAAGGACCAUUUCCACCUGUCUUACAUGAUUGUUUGAAAGUAUCCAGUAUAGUUUCGUUCAGCUUUUAUGUAAAGACCCCUCUGCCAGGAGGCUGAUUUUCGCUAACACCUCUGGCAGUUGGUUAAAAUUUAUUUGGUUUUGUAUUGGAAAGGAGAUGUCUCUCGCUGAAGAAAACAAACACAAUUGAAGGGUUGGAAUUAGAAUUUGAUACAUUUUCACAUUACAUGCCACUAUAUGUAGUUAAUACAGAACUCCUCCAUGAUAUUA